UGAAAAUACUACACACACAAUCUGUGGCUCUAAUCACACAAGCCUUAGAUUAGGGUUUAGUGGGGGACUUGCAUGGAAGGUUCUAGAAAUUAGUUGACGAGGAUUGGUGAAGCAAUCCGUCGGUUAAGUUCGUUCUCGAUCGCUGUGGACAAUACUGUUCAAUUCGGCGUCAACUUGGCAACUUCAUGCACUUAAAAAUCCCACACCUAAUUGUGAGCUGACUAGUUAGAAGUGGGUUUUGAGCAUCUGGAGUGAAUAAUGCUGCAGCGAGACCUUUUCGAAGGGAGUUGUGUUCAGCGUCAUCUUCCGUUCAAGUGCGAAGUUGCAGAGGUAGAGAAGUUUUCGAGAAGACCCCAGUUUGUCAUAUCUUUAGGAUGAGGUGCAAGGCUUAAUGACUAGGAAUUUGUAGCCAACCCCAUUCAUGGGUUGUGAGUAGACGAGCGCGCUUCUGCUCACGCGCAGAUGUUGUCAUGCAUGCCUCGUGAUGGAACACUUGUGAAUUGUGUUUUUCUUCGAUUACAUUGUCGCCCGAAUUUGGUUUCCUGCCUGUUCGUAUUAACAGCUCUGACUUGUGGUUGGUUCAUGGGAAGGACCAUCCCGUUUUGCGGUAAUGAGUUGUGUGGCAAAUGUCUUUAAUCACUUAGGGUUAGCAAUUGAAGAUGAAACUCGUAACGCAGCUUGUUUGCUUUUGACAAGCACGGGUCAAUUGCAGGGAUGCACACGUAAAAAAGGUGCGAACAUCUCGUGUUACCGGUGGGCGAAGCGGAAGAUGGGAAUUCUGUGAGCGCAUUAAUUUCUUGAACACUUAUCCUACUACACUUGUUGGCGACUAUGUAUAUUGGCGAGCAUGUUGGUGUGGAAACGUCUUCAAAUUCUAGGAGUUCUUCAAUCGAUAAUCGCGAUAGCACGCCUGCAGCUAGCGAAGAUUCAACGUGCCCGAAGUCGGAAAAGAAAGAGGAAUUUACUUUGCAGCUUAAGGCAUCCCCGAAGACUGGACACGCUGUGGCUUCGAGGUGGACAAUUCAGAGCAAACAUUCGCAGAACAGGGCCAGUGGCGAUCACAAUGCUGUCAGGUAUUCUUUGCUGUGGAUGGCGCCAUUUUUCUCAGGAGGUGGAUAUUGCUCGGAAGCAAUCUCGUACGUAACUGCCGUGAAUGCUGGCUCCAAGGGCACCUCUAAAGUUCCAAAGCUUGGCAUCAGUCAUUAUGCAGACGCUGAAAACCUCAACUUCUGGAAGGGUUUACCAUCUGCGACACGCCAAUCUCUCUUCUCUCUCACCUCAGUUCCCAUCGACUUGGCUGGCGCCGUGGUUGUGUGUCACAGUGAACCAGGGGCAUGGUAUCCUCCCCUUUACUUAACGCCCCCAUGCCCUCCUACAGGAUACGAUGACCCUCUCUACAUCAUCGGCCGCACCAUGUUCGAGACAGAUGGCGUCACACCUGAUCACGUCCGCCGUUGCAACAGAAUGGACGAGGUUUGGGUUCCCACCCAGUUCCAUGUCGACUCCUUCAUUCGGGCUGGCGUUGCGGAAGAGAAGCUGCUCAAGGUAGUGCAGCCUGUGGACACUGUCUUUUUCAAUCCUGCCCACCUCCAACCUCUCAAACUACUAACAAGCAACCGUCUCUUUGGUUCAACCCCUAAUUCCCCAUCAAAACCUUUUGUGUUUCUUAGCAUCUUCAAGUGGGAAUACCGCAAGGGCUGGGACAUCCUGCUCUCAGCAUAUCUGCAGGAAUUUUCAGCAGACGACAACGUAGCGCUUUAUCUCCUCACUAAUCCCUAUCAUACUAACCAUGAUUUUGGAACUGUUAUUACUGAGUUUGUCUCCUCGCAUUCAAUCCCAAAGCCUCCGAGUGGCUGGCCGAACGUUUACUUGCAUGAUCAGCACAUUGCACAGUCCCAGCUUCCUGCUCUCUAUGCAGCUGCUGACUGCUUCGUCCUCCCGUCUAGAGGGGAAGGUUGGGGCCGGCCCCAUGUGGAAGCCAUGGCGAUGGAAUUGCCCGUGAUAGCAACAAACUGGUCAGGUAUGACUGAGUACAUGACAGAGCUCAAUAGCUAUCCCCUGCGGGUAGAGCGCAUGGCUGAGGUUCUGGAUGGGCCCUUUAAGGGACACCUGUGGGCAGAACCGUCGACCACAGACUUGAAGUUGUUGAUGCGCCAUGUUGUUGUGAAUCCAGAGGAAGCGAAGCGGAAGGGAAAAGUCGCGAGGUUGGACAUGGUAGCGAACUAUGCUCAAGAGGUUGUUGCUAGGAUUGUGGUGGAACAUCUGGUUCGUAUUCAGGCAAAGCUUGAUUCCGGGACUAGUUUUAACACAUCCACAUCUACGGUCACAACCGGGUAGUUUGCAAAAACAUUUAUCACCUGUGAAUCUCCUUGACACCGGCACAUGUUUCAACUUUAGUUCUUCACCAUGGAGGUCCUAGAAGCAGUUGAAGCAUUUACAAACCCUAUUGUUCCACACCAAUCCAAUUCUAAAGACGUGUUGCAAUUUAGUAACUACUUCAUGCUGGAUUGAAGUUGGAUUCACGAAAGUGCCUCAGUCGCAGCGACGAUCAUUGUUGAAGCCUGUUUGUGUAGCAGGUAAUACUGGAUUCUUUGCACUUGGACUCCAAUAGCUUGCGCGUCCAUCACUCUCCUUAUCAUUGACACAAAUCCAGUACAAUGAAGCUCUCACUCAUGUAGCAAUUUGAAGAAUGAUAUCAGUUUCAAUAUAGCAGGCCAUUUCCACAAGCGGAAGUAUUUGCGCUAAUUGUCGCAAUACUUACUGUUUAAUGAUAGAAAAAAUGCUUAAUGUUUGUGAGUGCAUGUGAUAUACAAAUCUGUACACAUUUUUUCAACUGCUUAAUUUAAACUGGUACACAGCAAUUCUGA